GUAACGCUAUAACCCCCGUUUGCUCGGCCGCUUUCACCUGGAAGAAGAAAGCCAAACCCAUCGAGAAGGCGAAACCCAAGAAGGGGAAAAGCAAAGGAAAAACUCCACUCCCACCAAGGGGGAGAGCGCUCGAGGGGGGAGCGAUGGACAUCGAGCGCAAGCACGCGGAGCUCAUCGAUCUCUUCGUGAAGCAAGCCGCCGUCCUGGACGGACCCGCCCUCGCCGGUCUCGUCCUCGAGGUCACCUCUCAUCCCUCCCUCUUCGCCUUCUCCGAGAUCCUCUCCGUCCCGAACCUCGGCAAGCUUGAGGGGACCCAGUAUUCGUCAUCUCUCGAUGUGCUCCGACUGUUUGCAUAUGGCACAUGGAGCGAUUACAAAAGUAAUGCCUCUCUUCCGGCACUAUCUCCUGAUCAAGUCCGAAAGCUAAAGCAGCUCAGCGUGCUGACUCUGGCUGAGACAAACAAGGUAUUGCCUUACAAUCAACUUAUGCAAGAACUAGAUGUUUCCAAUGUAAGGGAACUUGAAGACUUUCUCAUCAAUGAGUGCAUGUAUGCGGGUAUUGUUAGAGGAAAACUGGAUCAGUUGCGCAGGUGCUUUGAGGUCCAAUUUGCUGCUGGGAGGGAUCUUAGACCUGAACAACUGAACAACAUGAUACAAACAUUAGCAAACUGGUUGGACACUUCAGAUAAUUUACUUCAUUUAAUUCAAGAGAAAAUCAAGUGGGCUGAUACAAUGAGUGAGGCAACCAAGAAACACUGCAAGGAAAUUGAAGACAAGGUGGAAGAAGUGAAAAAAUCUCUGAAGAAGCUGAACACUUUAAGCAGGCAGACAUGGACUUACGAGGCCACGAGGAUAUGUUCUCUGAACAUGGAGGAAUGAUGGACUAUGAAGAGGAUCGUGUCCGAUCCAAGAGGAGGCGGCAGCCAAUGCCAUAGAAGGAGAAAUUUGUGGAGUUGGCCUGUUUCAAGUGGCUCACAGGAUUAACUUUUUCUGCUGACAGCCUUGGGAUCAAAGAUGUUCUACAAUCAAGCUGCCAGUUUUCUCUCUCCCCCAUAGUGGUUUCAACCGUCAGCUUAGCCAGAGAAAGUCGUGUACCUUGAACUCAUUCGACAACUAGAGCAUUUCUUUGAUGCGUUAUUUGCAGAAAGAGAUUGCUGGUACAUAGAUACAAACCAUGCUUAUUAGAUAAUUUGAUUACAUUUGUGUCUGGGGACAUCCCAAUCAUGCGUCUUAUAUUGAAUCAUAUUAGAGACGUUU